UCGAGGUGCCCCUGUCCAUUGCACAGCUGACAUACGUUCAUUCGGGUCAGUACUAUCGACGUGGUGCAUAAGCCUCAGAACAUUCGAAGAUGGGUGACCGAGGGGUACCUGCCCAAGAGCCAUUCGUUUUCGCGCGUCUUCCAUUCGAUCUGCACAUGGAGAUCUUCAAGUGGGUGCCACCCCUUGACAUAGUGAAUCUUCGUCUUACAUGCAAGUACUUCGAACAGUUGUCCCGCGAUCGUGUCGUUUGGUUAUCCCUCCUGAGGCGGCAGUGCUUCGAAGAAGAUGUACCAUUACAACAAUAUGAGUUGGAGAAUAUGUCUUCCCCUGAGCUGGAAGUGACGUGUCUGAGACCUCACGUAUUCGAGCGCAUGCUGACGCGUAAAGGCUCCCUCACUUUUACGGAGCAGAUUUUGUCUUUCGCAUGCCCAACCGACCACGAAUUCAUUAAUGAAUGGGGUAAAUUGGAACUUGACAUGGUGUGGCAAUAUCAGGUCGUCCCUGGCGAUCGGUACAUCGUCACCUUGUAUCUCUCUGGAUGGUUACGCGUCUGGGAUACCUCUGCUUAUGAUUCGGAUACCGAACAAUAUGAAAUCAUUGCAUCCAGGAAGUUUUCGCCAUGCAAUUCUACCAUGAUUGUUCAGCGCUCGGUGGAAAGCCCCUCCAUCAUCACAAUUGUGGUGCGGAAUGGCCAGGGAUUGACUGGAGACCUCCAAGACGAUAAUCUACUCCGUAGGAUGGACGUUCUGCAGCUGCAUAUCACUAACCGUCCGUGGCUGACGGAUAUCAUCGCCUCGACCAUCACUCCAUUCAGUGCAAGAUCAUCAUUGUGGGCCUGCGACGGCCACCACAUCGGGGUUUCAGGCCCAUCUGGAAAUGCCAUCAUCUGGAAUUAUAUGAAUGACACAUGGGUUUCGGCUUCUAUUGCUGGAUCAGACGAUCUACUACCCACGGAGCAAUGUUUCCUCGACAUAGUUGGUGAUAUUGUCAUCUAUGUUGUGCCAGAUGGCGGCCUCCGCCUAUAUCAAUUUAAACUCACCAAGAUGUAUGCAUCUCUGGAAGAGGCGGAGCGAUAUCAGAAAAGCUUCGAUAUGAAAACAUUCGACCUAGGGAAAGUGCGGGUCGCACGGACAUCCACAAUGGCGUACUGGCGUCCGCGAGCCUUGGCAAAUGACGAUGCUGUUUAUGGGGCGUCCGCCAUAGAUAUCGUUCUUGGAAGCGAAGGCGGAAACGAUCAGAUUGUCGUUCCAUUCCAUUUCUCGCCAUCCGACCCGGCCUUCUACCCAACACUUCCUAUCUUCAACCAGAGUCAGAGGUAUCUUGUCUACAGCGCUUUCACUUCGCUUGGCAUCGAAGUUGUCGAUCUUGCGAAUAACACCCCCCAAGUCGCCCGCUCUGUACCACUUGUCGAAUAUAACCCAAAGAUCGAUCGUUUCGUCAGUCAUCGACCAUAUGGUGUGGAACUUUCGUCCUUCUCAGCAUCCAUGUUCAUGAGGUCCCCCGAUUCGCGCACAGAAAUUAAGGUGUGGCGGUUCCACCUCGACAACGAAGUGCGAACGACGGGCCACUAGGACUGCGCAUCGCGGCGUCAUCACGUCGAUCAUUUCGCCCACUAUUCCAGCUCCCCAGCUCCAUUUCGAUGCGGGUGGUUGCUAGGUGCUGCGUUGCGCUGCGUAUCAGCUCCGGGAUGCGGACUCGAUGAAGUUUCCCUUGGUGUCGCCCCAGUAGUCGGCGAGCAACAUCCCCCGGAGGAUUGUUUCUGGUGGGGACUGCAUGAGCAGUGUGGAGCAUUGCGCGGCCUGUGCUUGCCAUGUCGUGUCGAACCAGGUCACAACAGGUUCUUUCAUUGGACAAAAUUUGAUCUCUCAAACAUGGACAACUAUUACAUCUAUAGGACGCUUGAUCAUAUCCUUGCAGCCAAAUACCAUAUUCACUGUCAUUACCAUUUCUCCUGUAUGCGCUACAACAUGAACUGAUGAACUGUUGGAUGAUCCCGCGACGCAAUUGAUCAAUUGG